AUGACCACAGGGUGCGAGGAACGGGUGCAGCAUGAGCAGAGGGGCUACAAUAGGGUGCAGUAUUCAGCGCCGCGGUGCAAGUCAGCGCCCCGGUGCAACAGUCAGAGCCCCCCGGUGCAACAGUCAGCGCCCCGGUGCAACAGUCAGAGCCCCGGUGCAACAGUCAGCGCCCCGGUGCAACAGUCAGCGCCCCGGUGCAACAGUCAGCGCCCCGGUGCAACAGUCAGAGCCCCCCCGGUGCAACAGUCAGCGCCCCGGUGCAACAGUCAGCGCCCCGGUGCAACAGUCAGCGCCCCGGUGCAACAGUCAGCGCCCCGGUGCAACAGUCAGCGCCCCGGCGCAACAGUCAGCGCCCCGGUGCAGCAGUCAGCGCCCCGGUGCAACAGUCAGCGCCCCGGUGCAGCAGUCAGCGCCCCGGUGCAACAGUCAGCGCCCCGGCGCAACAGUCAGCGCCCCGGUGCAGCAGUCAGCGCCCCGGUGCAACAGUCAGCGCCCCGGUGCAGCAGUCAGCGCCCCGGUGCAACAGUCAGCGCCCCGGUGCAGCAGUCAGCGCCCCGGUGCAGCAGUCAGCGCCCCGGUGCAGCAGUCAGCGCCCCGGUGCAGCAGUCAGCGCCCCGGUGCAACAGUCAGCGCCCCGGUGCAGCAGUCAGCGCCCCGGUGCAACAGUCAGCGCCCCGGUGCAGCAGUCAGCGCCCCGGUGCAGCAGUCAGCGCCCCGGUGCAACAGUCAGCGCCCCGGUGCAACAGUCAGCGCCCCGGUGCAGCAGUCAGCGCCCCGGUGCAGCAGUCAGCGCCCCGGUGCAACAGUCAGCGCCCCGGUGCAACAGUCAGCGCCCCGGUGCAACAGUCAGCGCCCCGGUGCAACAGUCAGCGCCCCGGUGCAGCAGUCAGCGCCCCGGUGCAGCAGUCAGCGCCCCGGUGCAACAGUCAGCGCCCCGGUGCAGCAGUCAGCGCCCCGGUGCAACAGUCAGCGCCCCGGUGCAACAGUCAGCGCCCCGGUGCAACAGUCAGCGCCCCGGUGCAGCAGUCAGCGCCCCGGUGCAACAGUCAGCGCCCCGGUGCAACAGUCAGCGCCCCGGUGCAACAGUCAGCGCCCCGGUGCAACAGUCAGCGCCCCGGUGCAACAGUCAGCGCCCCGGUGCAGCAGUCAGCGCCCCGGUGCAACAGUCAGCGCCCCGGUGCAACAGUCAGCGCCCCGGUGCAACAGUCAGCGCCCCGGUGCAGCAGUCAGCGCCCCGGUGCAACAGUCAGCGCCCCGGUGCAACACUGGUGGUGGGCAUCGUGGGACGAUAACCAUUAUAUCGUCGCCUCUCAGACUGUGGCCAAGACAUCAGAAUAUACUCAGCCGUUAUGUAUAUCAAGUAAACCGAGGAAAUCACCUACUGCAAAAUCACAGCAUUCUGAACUGGCAGUCAACGGUGGCCAGAUCUACAGUUUUAAGGUCUACAGUUUUAAGGUCUACAGUUUUAAGGUCUACAGUUUUAAGGUCUACAGUUUUAAGGUCUACACUAGUGGAAUGUCAGCAGCAGUGGGUGUGGUGGAGAUGGCGAGAAUGGUAGGCACAGUAGUGCUUGUUGUAGUUGGAGUGAUGGUCGAUGGCUCGGGUCGUGAGGCAGGUGGCUCGGGUCGUGAGGCAGGUGGCUCGGGUCGUGAGGCAGGUGGCUCGGGUCGUGAGGCAGGUGGCUCGGGUCGUGAGGCAGGUGGCUCGGGUCGUGAGGCAGGUGGCUCGGGUCGUGAGGCAGGUGGCUCGGGUCGUGAGGCAGGUGGCUCGGGUCGUGAGGCAGGUGGCUCGGGUCGUGAGGCAGGUGGCUCGGGUCGUGAGGCAGGUGGCUCGGGUCGUGAGGCAGGUGGCUCGGGUCGUGAGGCAGGUGGCUCGGGUCGUGAGGCAGGUGGCUCGGGUCGUGAGGCAGGUGGCUCGGGUCCUGUGGCAGGUGGCUCGGGUCGUGAGGCAGGUGGCUCGGGUCAUGAGACAGGUGGCUCGGGUCGUGAGGCAGGUGGCUCGGGUCGUGAGGCAGGUGGCUCGGGUCGUGAGGCAGGUGGCUCGGGUCGUGAGGCAGGUGGCUCGGGUCGUGAGGCAGGUGGCUCGGGUCGUGAGGCAGGUGGCUCGGGUCCUGUGGCAGGUGGCUCGGGUCGUGAGGCAGGUGGCUCGGGUCAUGAGACAGGUGGCUCGGGUCGUGAGGCAGGUGGCUCGGGUCGUGAGGCAGGUGGCUCGGCUCCUGAAGCAGGUGGCUCGGGUCGUGAAGCAAGUGGCUCGGGUCGUGAGGCAGGUGGCUCGGGUCGUGAGGCAGGUGGCUCGGGUCGUGAGGCAGGUGGCUCGGGUCGUGAGGCAGGUGGCUCGGGUCGUGAGGCAGGUGGCUCGGGUCCUGUGGCAGGUGGCUCGGGUCGUGAGGCAGGUGGCUCGGGUCAUGAGACAGGUGGCUCGGGUCGUGAGGCAGGUGGCUCGGGUCGUGAGGCAGGUGGCUCGGCUCCUGAAGCAGGUGGCUCGGGUCGUGAAGCAAGUGGCUCGGGUCGUGAGGCAGGUGGCUCGGGUCGUGAGGCAGGUGGCUCGGGUCGUGAGGCAGGUGGCUCGAGACAAGGAACAAGUGGGUCUGGAGGUGGCACCGUAUAG